UUGGUCUAAACGGCAUGUUGUGCUGAAUUACAAGUCAUGUGACAUGCGGGUCUGUAUCACUGGUGUAAAUUAGGUGGGAAUUAGAUUAAACUGGUUUAAAGUGAAGGAAGUGAAGACAGGAAGACAGAGCGACUGAAUAUUACUUCUUCUUCACACUUUUCCUCUGUAAUUUCGCACCGCUCUCUUCAUUUCCUUCCCCUCCCCGCAUCUCGCUCUCUCUCUCUUUCUCUGUCUCCGCACCCUCCUCCCCUCACUGAAGCCUCAGUCCGCGCACACAUUUCAAACUUACCCUCGCAUCUCUGACUCUUCUUUGUCGGGAGACUCAGAUCCCGAGUGGUGAAGCUCAGCCUCCCAGGCUGGAUUUGCAGCGGGAGUGGAGCGCUGCACCACGUGGGUGCCUCGGGCUGCCCGGCCAGUGCGCGCCGGCGGCGGGGGGAAACUGGAGCGAGGAGGAGUUUGGCGGCGGGUCAGGAGAGCCAGGCAGGUGGCAUGAGCAGGAGCAGGGGGUCGCCGUAGGCACCAUGUGGGAAACCGAGGGUCUGCAGACGCUCGGGAUCGUGGUGAUCGUGUGCGCUUCGCUCAAGCUGCUUCAUCUGCUGGGGCUCAUCAGCUUCUCUGAGGAUAGCGUUGAGGAUGAGCUGGAGCUGUCUGCUGUACGGCAUCGACCAGAAGGUUUGGAGCAGCUGGAGGCUCAAACGCGUUUCUCACGCAAAGAGCUUCAAAUCCUCUAUCGGGGCUUUAAGAAUGAAUGCCCCAGUGGUGUGGUCAACGAAGACACAUUUAAGGAAAUUUACUCUCAGUUCUUCCCACAGGGAGAUGCAUCGACGUAUGCACAUUUUCUGUUCAAUGCAUUCGACACAGAUCACAAUGGCUCUGUCAGUUUUGAGGAUUUUGUGAUGGGUCUUUCCAUUCUCUUACGAGGCACUGUUCAGGAGAAGCUUAACUGGGCAUUUAACCUGUAUGAUAUUAAUAAAGAUGGAUAUAUAACAAAAGAGGAAAUGUUAGAUAUCAUAAAGUCCAUCUAUGACAUGAUGGGAAAAUGCACAUAUCCCAUACUAAAAGAGGAAACUCCACGACAGCAUGUGGAGAUAUUUUUCCAGAAAAUGGACAAAAACAGGGAUGGAGUGGUCACUAUAGAUGAAUUUAUAGACUGCUGUCAAAAUGAUGAGAACAUCAUGAGAUCGAUGCAGCUUUUUGAGAACGUCAUUUAACAUCUGAAUGGACUCUGUUGGCGGGCCAGCUCAUAUAACCACCUUUAUACUCCACAAACCCGACGUCCUCGAUGAUACACGUCUGAUUACUAGCAGUGCUUUACCCAUAAACCAAAAUUAACAGCAUUUUUAAUAUCAAAGAAAAAUUAUUUUUACAUUUUUUUGUCAUAUACUUGUAAAAAAAAUGUAUACCUUUAUUUAAAGUAUAUACAUAGUCUGUUAAUCAUCUUUUUUCUCCAGAUUUUUGAAAUAACUAGACACCAUUGUAUAUCUUAAAGUAACAUUUCAUACACUGGACCUUAUAUUAAAAACAAACAGAAUGAAUGUCUUUGUGCAUUGUUCACAACUUAAAAGGAAUAUUUGGCAUAAAGUUUACUUACCUCAUUAGUUAAGUGAAAAUAAGUAAAGUGAAAAAUCACUGAAAAUUACUCAGCUUCAAGCCAUCCAACAUGUAGAGUUUGUUUCAUCAUCGGAAUAGAUUUGGAGAAAUCUAUCAUCACUUGCUCACCAAUGGAUCCUCUGCAGUGAAUGGGUGCCGUCAGAAUGAGAGUCCAAACAGCUGAUAAAAACAUCACAGUAAUCUACAAUUAAUCUAUGGAUUAAUGUCAAUAUGUUUGUAAGAAACAAAUCCAUCAUUAAGGCAUUUUAACUUUAAACUGUUGCUUUUGUCCAGAAUAUGAGUCCAUAAUUCAUAAUAACGCUUCUUUCAGUUAAAAAGUCCAUCACCUGUUGUCCUUUUCAGAACUAAUUUGGACUGUUUUCACUUGUAAACAGUGCUUGAUCUGUGCACAUUUCUUUCCUGAUUCAGAAUAUUAGCAGUUUGGACUCUCAUUCUGACGGCACCCAUUCAGUGAUGCAUAUGGAUCCUCUGCCGUGAAUGGGAGUCCAAACAGCUGAUAAAACAUCAUAAUAAUCCACAAAUAAUCAACACCACUCCAGUCUAUCAAUUAACGUCUUGUGAAGUAAAAAGCAGCAUGUUUGUAAGAAACAAAUUCAUUAUGAGUGCAUCUUUAACCUUUAAACCAUUGCUUCUGGCCAAAAUAUGAGUCCAUAAUCCAUAAUAACACUUCCUCCAGUUGAAAAGUCUAUCACCUGUUGUCCAAAAUCUACUAACAAAUGUUUUAAAACUGAUUUGGACUGUAAACAGUGUUUGAUCUGUGCAUAUUUCUCUCCUGAUUCAGACGAGAUGACUUUUUCACUAGAGAAAGCAACAUUAUAGACAGAAUACUAUGGUUAAAAAUGUCUUAAUGAUGGAUUUGUUUCUUAUAAACACAGCUUUUCCACUUUACAUGAUGUUGAUUGAUGGACUGGAGUGGUGUGGAUUACUUGUGGAUUACUGUGAUGGUUUUAUUAGCAGUUUGGACUCUCAUUCUGACGGCACCCAUUCAGUGAUGCAUAUGGAUCCUCUGCCGUGAAUGGGAGUCCAAACAGCUGAUAAAAACAUCAUAAUAAUCCACAAAUAAUCAACACCACUCCAGUCCAUCAAUUAACGUCUUGUGACCACAUAUGGAUCAUCUACCGUGAAUGGGUGCCAUCACAAUGAGAGUCCAAACAGCUGAUAAAAACAUUACAAUAAUCCACAAGUAAUCCGCACCUUUCCAGUCCAUCAGUUAACGUCUUGUGAAGUAAAAAGCAGCAUGUUUGUAAGAAACAAAUCCAUCAUAAGUGCAUCUUUAAACCUUUAAACCACUGCUUCUGGCCAGAAUAUGAGUCCAUAAUCCAUAAUAACACUUCCUCCAGUUAAAAAGUCCAUCACCUGUUGUCUAAAAUUUACCAACAAAUGUUUUAAAACUUAUUUGGACUGUUUUCACUUCUAAACAGUGCUUGAUCUGUGCAUAUUUCUCUCCUGAUUCAGACGAGAUACUUUUUCACUAGAGAAAGCAUUAUUAUAGACAGAGGACUCUUAUUUUAGCCAGAAACAAUUAAAAAUGUCUUAAUGAUGGAUUUGUUUCUUAUAAACAUACAGACAUUCCACUUCACAAGAUGUUAAUUGAUGGACUGGAUUACUGGUGUGGAUUACUUGUGGAUUAUUGUGAUGUUUUUAUCAACUGUUUGGGCUCUCAUUCUGACGGCACCCAUUCACAUCCAAUGGUGAACAAGUGAUGCAAUGCUACAUUUCUUCAAGUUACUAAUGUGUCACAUAUACAGUAUGACCGUAAAAAUUUAGUUUAUUAACUGUUUCCAUUUUAAGCACAAUCAGUAAUAAAUCAUACUUCUUUUAUUCAAUAAGUACAAACCUGUGACUCUGCAGCCUUUAAAUUUCUACAGAAUCAUUCCAGAAUCUUCUUAAUUACAAUGGCGGGUCCAGCCAAAACAGGUGGAAAGUCAAAUAAAGAUAAAGAUGUUGUAUGUUUUCUAAAAUAUAUUUAAAAUAGAUCUUUACAGUUUUGUUUUUUUAUUUGUUCAGAAUCAUUUGCCAACUAGAUCAAGAUGCUAUAUUAUAGAUUUGGAAGCUACAGGUAGCAAAUCAAAGCACACAUGUCGUAUUUGUCUUAGGAAACACUGUUACGAAGUAAUGCUGCUUAUAUGUAUCUUAAUUAUAAAGUCCUUGUGAAAAAUGUCACAUUAUGUUUACAUGUUUCCAACACUAUAUCACUGUUCUCAAAGCAUCUUAUUGUGUGGGUUUAUUUAUUGAGCUAUCUAAAUAACUAAGCACAUCAGGCUGUCUGUAGCCAUGCAGUGUUUGUUUUCAAUCGGAGGCUUUGGCCAUCAGUAUUUAUGUCUGCAAAGGAGCUCUGUUCAUGUUAAAAAACAAAAAGUCGUUCUAAGCAUUGCUUAAAGGGACAGUUCACACAAAGUUGAAUGAGUACGGUACCCAUUGACUAUCCAUAGUUUUUUUUUUUUUUUUUUUCCAUACUAUGUUGGUUACCAACAUUGUUCAAAAUAUCUUCUUUUGUGUUCAACAGAAGACGUAAUGAACAGAUGACACAAUUUUUAUUUUUGAGUGAACUGUCCCUUUAAACUUCUCUUACAGCGUCUAGUGUUGAUUUCAGGAUGUUAAAAUUCAUUACCCCACAUAAUUUUUGUUUACGUUAAUUAAAAUGCUAUUUAUUAAACAUCACAUUAGCAUAUAGAAUGUUUUGUAAUAAGCAUAUUAAAAGUUCUAAACGUGUUUCACCAAGAGUACAGUGUUCACUGCAACGUCGCCACCUAGUGGACUUAAGUUAGAGCACAAUGUGGCUGACAACAAAUUAAACUGGAGAAUUAAUUUCACACAGUAACACACUGUAAAAAUGAACAGUCAAUAUUUACAUUUGCAGAUACCUCGCACCAUACAAAUCUUAUAUGAAUCCCUGUGUGAAAUGUUUUCUUUCAUGCUUUUCAUUUACAGUCAUGAGCAGCAGUUUCCUCACCUGCAACAAUAUUUCUCAAAGCUUGACAAGUGAGCUUUUUGAAGUCUUAAAAACCUGUAGACCAGAGAACAAGAGAGAGAUAGGAAGUAAUUCAAGUUUUAUAACUGUGUAUAAAUAUACAGGCCGGUCCAGACAACAGUUGGAAUAGAAUUAAUACAUUGAUUUGUAUUUCAAACAUGUGUGUAGAUAUUUCAUAAAUUAUAAACAAGCAUUUUGUUGCAUCUUCCCACUGUUCUUGCUGAUUUAUUGAGAUUAUGCAAAUAAUGUUUAUUAUCAUGGGAUCAUACUGUACUGUCUAAUAAGAACACUUGAUUGUGUGUCAGUUUUCUUUUUAUUAGUUCUGCAACUUGCAUGCCUGAUUCACAUGAGCGUAUCCAGGAGAAGAGUGCAUGAGCUUUUCCCUACUCUAGAAAUCAGUGCCUUUCUUUGUUAAUGCUCAUCCCAAACAACCUGUACUUUGUGUCUGAUUUGAUUGUAAUUGAGUUACAGUAUCCUUUUUUAGUCCAUUUCAGAAAACAAUGCUAUGUCAUUCAAGCAUUGAUUUGUGUAUUUGAAGUUUCCCAUUGACGUUCUGAUGAUGCAACGUUUCUUGCGAGCGGCGCGAGAGCCUGACAGUUGCAUGUGUAGAGAGUGAAGAAGGCUUUUUAGUGAUGGAUAGAGCUGACUGGAGCAGAUCUAGCGCUCUGUGUGCCUAUCCCAUGCUUCUCUGUGGAACUAGAUGAGUGCAUUUUGUAACAUAGAGUCAAUAAACCGCUCAGAAUGUA